UUUCCGAUAUUACAUUUUAACGCAUUUCUCUACUAAUGAUAGAAAAAAUAAGUAAAAAUAAAUACAAGUUACUUGUAAAAUAAGUUAAACCUAAAAAUGUCGAAAAGUAAAUAAAAAGUGUUAUUAAAUAAAUGCUAUAAUAAAAACACACACUGAAUGAGACAAGUGGAGGUAAACAAAGAGAACAAAUGAAAAUAAACACAUUUGAACGAUGAGCUUCUUGAAUCACCACGCCUAUUGGUCGAGACGCACGUCAAUCACGGCAUUAGGGCGGGGAUUCGAGGCAGAAAGGGGGCGUGGUCUGCAAAGCCAGGAGCGGAGGCGGUUUGUGUUUUGUGUCGCGGUCUAAAAAGUCGCCCACCGUUUGUUGUCCGUGGAACGGAGCCGGUACCGUCUUUGUCAGUAAUGGGUCGUGAGGGAGCGGGGGUUUUCGCCGGUUUAGACAUGCGCACAACAUACCGCCAAAAGGGCGCCUUAUUGCCUUUUAGUUGACGCAAAGUGGCACAACUUGUUUGGUUGUCCGUGCACGUUGGUUCGAAUCUCGCCCACUCGGACUCGGUCCACUUGUGCGUGCACCGUGCGUGCCUUUGACGCACGCCGUCGGACCCCCACCCCUCUUCCACGCCAAAGACUGGGAGGACUUGUUGCGCCUGGAGAGGAGGGGGUCUGGUGCAUCAGUCCCAGUCUGGUCCAGAAGAACCGCACUCUGCACCUGGUUGCGUUCACGGACCGAAGGUGCGGCUCGGUGCUCCGUGCUCCGUGCGUGCGUUCUGACAUGUUUUAAAUGGACAAACUUUGCUCGUCUUGAUUCACUUCCGCGGCUUGUCUUGACUCAUCUCCGACCGGCUCCAACAUGUCGGAGCGAGACAGCGACGGAGCGCCGGACUUCAUGCCGGCUAGGGUGUCCCGAGGCCGGCGGAGUGGUGUCAUCCUGCCCGGUGGUGGCGGCCAGGACCAGGAGACCAUCCUGCUGGAGUCCGUGAAGGCAGCACCGCGGCGAAGCAGCAUCAUCAAGGAUCCUUCAGUGCAGAAGAUGGGCGGCAGCAGGAAGAAGACGGUGUCCUUCAGCAGCAUGCCCUCCGAGAAGAAGGUGAGCAGCGCGGCCGACUGCUUGGCCUUCAUGCAGGGCGGCUGCGAGCUGAAGAAGGUGCGUCCCAACUCCAGGAUCUACUGUCGUUUCUACACGCUGGAGGCCGACCUGAGCUGCUUGCGCUGGGAGCCCUCCAAGAAGGACGGCGACAAGGCUCGGCUGGACAUCGGCAGCAUCCGAGAGGUCCGAACCGGGAAGAGCACCGAGACCUUCCUGCAUAACGGCCCUCUCUCGGAGCACCUGGCUGAGGAGGCGGCCUUCUCCAUCAUACAUGGCGAAGUCUACCAGUCCCUAGACCUGGUGGCGCUGUCGGCCGACGUGGCUAACAUCUGGGUGACGGGCCUCCGCUACCUGCUGGCGCACCCGUCCGUCAUCGGCGGGGCCGCGGGGAGCUUGGGCGAAGGAGGAGCCAUGGAGGGCAGCCUGGGCAGCAAGCUGAGGAGCGAGUGGCUGGCAGCCGAGUUCGCCCGGGUGGACGAGGACGGCUACGGGAUUGUGUCGGAGGACGUGGCGGUGGCAACCAUCUGUAAACUGUGUCCUGGGAUCAAGGAAGCUAAGGUGCGUCUUCGCUUCAAGGAGAUCCAGCGCAGCAAGGAGAAGCUGACCUCCCACGUCACGCACGAGGAGUUCCAGGAGGCCUACUGCGAGCUGUGCACCCGGCCCGACGUCUACUUCCUCAUGGUGCAGCUGUCCAAGGACCGCGAGUAUCUGGACCCUCAGGACCUGCGCCUCUUCCUGGAGACGGAGCAGGGUCUGUCCCUGGCCACGACAGAGGGCUGCUUGGAGCUCCUGAGGCGCUACGAGCCCUCAGAUCAGGCCAAGGAGAGGGGCUUCCUGGGCUUGGACGGCUUCGCCCGCUACCUGCAGUCCCACGAGUGUCAGCUGCUGGACCCGGAGCACGAGGGGGUCUGCCAGGACAUGAACAUGCCGCUGUCCCACUACUACAUCAGUACCUCCUACCGGUCCUACCUCCUGGAUGAUCAGGUCCAUGGCAGGGCGGACCUUGGCGGUCUGAUCAAAGCCCUUCAGUCUGGUUGCCGCUGCCUGGAGCUUGGAGUCACCGACGGCCCGGAAGGAGAGCCUCUCCUCGGGGUGGACUACGGUCCUGACAUCUCCUGUCACCACCAUCACCAUCAGCAGCAGCACCAUCACCACGUGCCGGUCACCAUCCGCUCCGCUCUGGAGGUGGUCAACAAGUACGCCUUCCUGACCUCGCCGUAUCCUCUCCUGGUCUACUUGUGUCAGCGCUGCACGCCCGGCCAGCAGCGCACCAUGGCGCAACAUAUGAAGAAGGUGCUGGGUUCCAGACUCUACACUCCAGAGUCUUUACCCGUCGGCCUGCGAGGGCGAGCCACGACCCUUCCGUCCCCCGAGCAGCUGAAAGGACGCAUCCUCGUCGUGGGCAAGAAGCUUCCUCCGGAGCACGAAGGCUCAGAUGGGGAGGUGUCUGAGGAGGAAGAGGAGGUAGGAGGCGGAGGACCUCUGGCUGGACGCAGAAUGACCAUCCCGGGUGAGGAGGAUCUUGGCGUGGUCUUGGUGGUCCCGCCUCCCUCUCAACCCAGGAAGCUUCGCCUUCACAAAGACCUCUCCGACCUGGUGGCCAUCGCCCGCACGGGCAGCCGCCACUUUUACGCCCAGAGAGCCGCUCACAAGCAGCGCUCGCCGCCCGGCAGUCCCAGCUCUCCCAGCACCCCCUCGGCCGCGGAGAACCCCUACUGGACGCUCUGCUCCCUUGGCGAGGGCGAGGGCGGGCGCGUCACCACCGAGAGCCCGGAGGACCUGGUUAUGUUCACCAAGCGCACUCUGACCAGGGUGCGGCCCAGCUCGGUGCGCCUGGACUCCAGUAACCCCAACCCGCAAGGGUACUGGAAAGGAGGGGUGCAGCUUGUGGCCUUAAACCAGCAGACCCCCGGCGCCAUGCUGGACCUUCACAAAGGACGCUUCUCUCAGAACGGAGGGUGCGGGUACGUUCUAAGACCCGCCGUCAUGAGGGACGAGGUGUCGUACUUUAGCGCUCAUACGCAAGGAUGCGUGCCCGGGGUGCCGCCUCAGACUCUCCGCAUUAAGGUCAUUAGUGCCCACAACCUACCCAAACCUCAGGGAUCGGGCGCCAAGGGGGAGGUCAUUGACCCCUAUGUGGUCCUGGAGCUGCACGGCGUUCCUGCAGACUGUGCAGAACAACGCACGCGCACGGCACUGCAGAACCAGGACGACCCCCUCUUUGACGAGACCUUCGAGUUUGAAGUCAACAUGCCCGAGCUGGCCUUACUGCGCUUCGUGGUCCUGGAUGACGACUACAUCGGCGACGACUUCAUCGGCCAGUACACCGUGGCGUUCGAGUGCCUUCAGUCGGGCUACCGCAACGUGCCCCUGCUGGGCCUGAUGGGGGAGCCCUUGGCCCACGCCAGCCUCUUUGUCCACGUGGCCGUCACCAACAGGCGGGGGGGCGGCAAGGCCCACCGCCGCGGUCUGUCGGUGAGGAGGGUGGGGCGGCGCGGGCGGGAGUACGUCACGCUGAGGCACACGGGCAUCAAGAUGGUGGACGAGGCCUUCAAGCUGGCCAGUGUGCCCCUGAAGGAGGUGAUGGACCUGAGGGAGGAAGCUCAGGGCGCCAUCGCCACUUUCAAAGAGCAAUGUGGGCUCCCCACGGUGGCCAAACUCAAGCAGUGCAUCCACAGCCUGGCCACCCGCCUGCAGAGCCCUGAGGGCGUCAGGGGGGCCACCAUGGUGCUCAAGGAGGGGUACCCGUCUUUAGAGGCCCUGGUCAGCGUCUCCGAGGCCACGCGCAAACUACUCACCGCCUACGAAACGAUGAUUGCCGCACAGAAGCAGCUGAUUGAGAACGCUGAUGGCGUCCAGCAGCGGAUCGCUCAGGUGCAGAAAGAAGGCAUGGACUUCCAUGAAGACUUGUCCCGGCUGGGGGAGAAGGAAGGACUGAAAGGAUGCAAGCUCAGCAAAGCUGUGGAAAGUUUCACCUGGAACAUCACAGUACUUAAGGGUCAAAGCGACCUUCUGCGCGGCGCCAAGAUGGACUCCCUGGACGCGCUGAGGCAGGUGGCCCUGGCCUGCGAGGCCUCUGGACUCACCUCACCUUCCUCCGACUCCUUGCGCUCGGCCACCUUCUCCAGCGCCGCCGCCGAGCUGCACUUCACCUCGCAGGCCACCAGCGGGCGCCGCGGCAGCACGCACAGCAACGGGCGCGUGUGACGUCGACGCUGGCGAGCGGUCGGUGUGUCCGAGCCUCACGGGGGGGG